AUGGCGCUCAACGGAGUGCGCCGGAAAGACACGACCAAGGGGCCGCCGCUGCGCGUUCUGUCGUUAGACGGCGGCGGUGUGCGGGGGUACUCCAUGCUCAUCAUCCUCCAGGAAUUGAUGCACCGAACUUUUGUCGAAACCGAAGGCAGAGCCCCAAAACGGCACGAAGUACCCAAGCCAUGCGAACACUUCGACCUCAUUGUCGGCACCGGCACCGGAGGCUUGAUCGCCAUCAUGCUGGGGCGGCUGAGAAUGGACGUUGAGACCUGCAAGGACGUCUACGUGCGCAUGACGAGGAGAGUCUUCGAGACCGACAAGACAUUUGCCGGCAUACCGUAUCGAUCGACGUUAUUCAAGGCGUCGAAGCUGGAGGAGGCCAUCAUGCAAUGCGUGCGCGAACACACAAUCUACGACGACGAGGGUAACGACAAUCACAACGGGCAGGAUGCACCGCCCAUGACCCCCGGGAGCGCAAUAUCGGGCCGCAUGCAAAGAAGCGCUAGUAAUGCCAGCAACUACAGUCAGAUUGGCAUGACUCCCGUGAAUAUGCGCAUAGCCGCCAUGAAGUGGGGAAACCCUCACGCCCAGCUAUACGACAACAGAGAAGAGCGCACUAAGACUGCCAUCACAGCCGUCUACAAAGGCACCAAAAAGUCUGGCAACGGCCAGGUUCUCCUCCGCUCCUACGAUUCCCGUAAAGAACCUCCAAUCGAACCAAACGCCACGAUAUGGCAAGCCGGCCGAGCAACUUGCGCGACCGCCCUAGCAUUCAAGCCAAUCCAGAUCGGCCAAUCCGUCUUCCUCGAUGAAGGCUCCGGUAAAUACAACCCAGCGCCUAUGGCUCUCGACGAAGCUGUUUGCAACGAAUGGCCUGGGCGCGAAGUUGGCGUUUUCAUAAGCAUAGGCACCGGAAAGCGGCCAGAAGGCACGAACGCACAACAGCAUCUGUGGUGGGAAGGCUUCGUUUCCGGCGGCAUGGGCGACUUUGCAGAGGCGAGACGGAAAUUGAUCCAGAAGAUUGAAGACUGCGAACGGACACACAAGGAGAUGAAGGAUCACCUUGCGAAAAGACAAGUCAACCCUGAGAACUACUACCGCUUGAACGUCAACGUCGGUGUGGGGGAGUUCGGAAUGAAUGAGUGGAAUGCACUCGCGGAAAUCAGCACGAACACACGCAUGUACUUGGCGGACAAGGGAGUACAAGGCAUGACGCUUGACUCGGCAGCAAAGAUCGCAAGGAUACACUUCGCAAAAGUGCGAUGGGAGCGCGCAGCCAAGGGAGAGUCGCCAUUCUCGCCAGGCGCUCAAGCACCGAACAAGCCUCUUCCUACCGUCCCGGAUCCAGCGCCCAUGGCAGUCGAACUACCAGCGGAGGAGCUCGCGCCAGAAUACUACACAAACAUACAUCCCGCCUUCCGCCCUCCGCCAGAACCGCGCCGGCCAUCAGACAACGACAAGUUCCUGGUUGUGUCAUCAGACGAAUAUCCGCAAUCAGCGGCGAGUACAGAUGGAUUCAGCGACUUCCAUCCCCGGCAUUCAGGUGAACUAGUGUCGCCAGGACGUCGCUCAGAUGAGCAAUUCUCAGCGGGACGUCCAGUAUCCUGGAUGAGCUCUGCGCCUAGCUGGGAUGAUCGCAUGUCCAACGCUCCACCUAGACCACCUAAGACACCUUUGCAGGAUGGACUUCACCCACCGCCUCUAUCCGGUGCACGCACAUCACCCCCCUCUGGCUCUCACUUCGCAAGACCCCCUCCAGGUGCACCACUACCGUACCCGGAUACAGACGGCCCGCCACCAAUUGUCAACAAGGCGACGAAACCGGAUUAUACACGGUAA